AUGGCUGACUCGGGCUCUUCCUUCAACGCCAGCUCCGUCGACUUAGACAACACGCCAUUAGUCGACAUCAUCUGCUACCUCAACGAAAGCGGCAAUGACUACGACGACAGACUAGGCUUGCACAUUGCAUCAAUCUUUGUAAUUCUCGUUGUCUCCACUGCAGUUACAUUCUUCCCCGUCCUCGCGACCCGGAUUCGACGCCUGAAAAUCCCCUUGUCAGUGUAUCUCUUUGCUCGAUACUUUGGCGCCGGCGUCAUCAUCGCAACUGCGUUCGUGCACCUCCUCGAUCCGGCUUAUGAAGCCAUUGGACCUGCAAGCUGCGUCGGAUUAACAGGAGGAUGGUCGACUUACUCCUGGCCGCCGGCCAUUGCCCUGUCUUCAGCCAUGAUCAUCUUCCUGUUGGACUUUCUCGCUGAAUACUACGUCGAGAAGCACUACGGGCUUGCCCACUCCCCAGUUGAGAAUAUCAUCACCGAUGCGCCUGGUGCGAAUGGCAAUGGCACAAAUCCUCACGCUUCGCACAUGCACCUCCACUCUGCGGAUCAGGAUGAGCAAACAAAAGACAUCAACCUUGUCCCGGUGAGCAAGGGUGAGAAAUUCGACAGCGACUACGAAGAGUUGGCGCAUCUUGUGGGCGAUUCUGAAGAGAUUCAGAAGGCAUUCCGGUCGCAGAUAUCGGCGUUUCUGGUACUUGAAUUUGGUGUCAUCUUCCACAGCGUCAUUAUUGGCUUGAAUCUCGGCGUAGCGGGAGGCGAUGACUUUAACACGCUGUUUCCAGUGCUGGUGUUCCACCAGUCGUUUGAGGGUCUGGGUAUCGGCGCUCGUCUGAGUGUGAUUCCUAUCCCUACGAAGUGGAAGUGGCUGCCCUGGGUUCUUUGCUUGGCAUAUGGCCUGACGACUCCCAUCUCCAUUGCCAUUGGGUUGGGUUUGCAUAAUACAUAUAACGGAAACUCUUAUACUGCAAGUGUGGUUUCUGGCGUGUUGGAUUCCAUAUCUGCUGGGAUUCUCAUCUACACGGGGCUUGUGGAGAUGCUUGCGCGGGACUUUUUGUUCAAUCCUAAUCGGACGACUAAUAAGAAGCGGCUUGCGUUGAUGCUUGUGUCGCUGUAUCUUGGGUGUGGGAUUAUGGCUUUGAUUGGUCGAUGGGCUUGA